AUGUUUGUCAUCCUUUUAUCUGUUUAUAUCGGUUGGCUAAUUGGCUUAGUGAUGGCAACAGUCAUUUUAAUAAUAUCUGGUCAUGGCUGGGGACCUUUACCACAUCUGUACGUUAAGUUGGUAAAAUUUCUACAAAGUUUUUACCCGAACAGCUAUCCUUUGACGGAUGCGUUAUGGCCUGCAAUUAUUAAACGUUGUGACACGUCAUAUCUAAUGAAACAUCGUACUGAUUCACUCUCAUCUUUUAAGUUCAGCAAAAUUCCGAUGAUCAGUGCAUUUGAUUUGUGUGCAGAUGCAUUUAAAGCAGGUUUUGAAGCAAUUGUUCAGGAUCAGAUGAGUAUUGCUUUCGAUUCUGCUCCACCAUUCUAUAGCACGUUAUUGGAACGUCCAGGACGUUUACCAUUUCCAGAUGCUUCACGUCGCAUUUCACGCCGUCAUAUAAUUGGUUACUUUAUAGCUACAGCAUUUCGCUAUGGCGUAUUGCUACCUAUUCGUUUAUGUCUUAUUAUGAUAUCAUUUCUCUUCUCAACUAGUGCUGUUGUUGCUGAUCAAUUUAUGGAUAUGACUGAUGAACAGCGAGUACGUGUUGGCGUAUUAUAUUGUCGAUUAUUUUGCGCUGGAAUCGGUCUUGUUGCCAAGUAUCACAAUCGCCAAAAUAGACCUAAACAGCCAGGCAUAUUUUCUUCUUACCAUAAUAAUGCAGGUAUCGCAGUAGCAAAUCACUUGUCACCAAAUGACGUACAAGUAAUUUAUGCUGACAGCGAUCCAAGUGAAGGAUACGGUUUUACAGUAACCGGCCAACGUCAUGGUGGUAUUAUUUGGUUUGUUGAAAGAAUUGCCGAAAGAUUCAUUCCAACUUUAUGGCUGGAACGGCGAAGCACUACGGAUCGUAAACGUUUCAUGCAUGACGUGUUACGAGAAGCAAAAAGCAGUGGACCAGUUUUACUGUUUCCAGAGGGUGUUUGUACAAAUAAUACACGUGUUUUGCAGUUCCGAAGAGCUAUUUUUGAAGAUGAUGUUGUCAUUUAUCCUAUAGCAAUAAGGCAGAACCCUCGUUAUGGUGAUUCGUUCUGGUACGAACCAAAAUUUUGGCGCUAUUUGCUACGUGUACUCACAUCAUGGGCAAUAGUAUAUGAUGUCACCUACUUAGAACCACAACAAAAACAACCUGGUGAAAGUAAUCAAGACUUCGCACAACGAAUUCAAGAAGCUAUAGCUCAAACCGCAGAUGUGGAGAGUAUAUCGUUGGAUGGUCGUUUGUGGUACAUAAAAAGUGAGCAAGAGCGAUUAAAAACAAUUCAAAUGAAGAAUAUAGCAAAAUGUCUGAAAGACCUCAUUAGUAAGAGGUCGUCAGGAAUGAACUCGCAAAGAUUACUGAAUGGUAUCAGAUCUUCGACGGUGUCACGUAUUUCUACUGAUAAACUUUCUUAUCUUUGA